CACGCACACUUUCUCCGCUGAGGCCAGGGCUGCGAGCGGCUCUGGGAGCUGGGUCUCUGCUCUCCCCGUGACUGUGUCCACUGGCGUCAUCGCUCCAUGGGACUCCAGACCCGGCCACCAAGCGCACCACCACUGUCCUCCAUGGCCCGUCUGGAUGUGGAGAGCCCUUCCAUCUGCAGGGGUAAAUUCAAAUCAGUGCUCCAGCUCUGUCUGCAGCAGAGGAGAACCCGCGAGCAGCUGGCGGAGCAGGGCAUCAUGCCGCCUCUGAAAACACCUGCAGCCUUUCAUGAGCAGAUCCGCAGCCUGGAGCGAGCCAGGACCGGAAACUUCCUGAAGCACAAACUCUGCAGCAGACCCGAUCGCUCUGAGCUGGUCCGCAUGCACAUCCUGCAAGAGACACAGGCUCAGCCCUCCCUUCAGGCCACCCAGAUGAGGCUGAAACGGGCCCGGCUGGCUGAUGACCUCAACGAGAAGAUCGCCCAGCGGCCCGGAGCCAUGGAGCUGCUGGAGAAGAACAUCCUCCGCAGCUCACCACACACAGACAGCCAGAAAGCUGACUCAAGUGACCCCCGCAGCACAUCAGUGUUUGAGAAGUCCAAAGCCUGCAGUGAGAACGCUCUGGCCGAUGUUUACAAGUUUGAUGAGGACAACAGUGAUGCCUUGUCACCAGAGCAACCUGCCAGCCAGGGGACUCCAGGCUCCUCGGGCUCCAGGGAGUCUGACUCCAGCUCCUCUCAGUCAAACUCCAUGCAGCUCUCGCCUCCAGCUCGUUCACGCGCCACAUGUGAUCUACUUCCCCACGCUCCUACCGCUGAGCAGCAACAAGGCAGCUCACCGGCACACCAGUCUGCUCCCACUGCUCCCAGUGUCACACCAGCACCACUUCUGGUGAAACAAAGCCUGCACCGCCCGUCCGGCGACAAGAGCCGCGGCAGAAAGGGCAGGGAGCCCAAGCCGCGGAUGAGGAAGCUGAAGUACCACCAGUACAUCCCUCCGGACCAGAAGCAGGAGCUCAGCGAGGUGCCAAUGGACUCCGCCUAUGCCCGCCUGCUGCAGCAGCAGCAGCAGUUCCUGCAGCUGCAGAUCCUGAACCAGCAGCAGCGGCAGUACAGACGGCCUGACGCACUCAAGGCCGAGGUCCAAACCCUCUGUUCCAGCGUUCUGCAUGAAGACGCGGCAUCGUCCCUUUCAAAAGCCUGCAAGCUGGAUCAUUUACCGGCUAAUCUGGAUGAGAUGAAGGUUGCUGAGCUAAAAAUGGAACUAAAACUCAGAUCUUUGCCCGUUUCUGGGACCAAGACAGACCUGAUAGAGAGGUUGAAGUUGUAUCAGGAGACCUCGAUCAUUCACACUGUUGUCACCAUGGAGACACCGCAGCCUGAAAACCUAAAGCCAAUCCCCCCUGUGUCUCCUAUUGCCUCCAAAGUGUCCAGUCUGGGCAUAGAGGACAACAGUGUCGCAAGCAGUCCGGCAAAGCUUUCAGAUGCUCCCGGCUCGGACUCCCCGCAAGGACACGUGCAGGAGUUCCCAAGGUCCUAUGAGAAAGACUCCGAAAAGGACAAACGACUGUACGAGAAGGAGCAGCAGAUCGAGGAGCUGAUGAGGAAGCUGGAGCGGGAGCAGAGGUUGGUGGAGGAGCUGAAGAUGCAGCUGGAGGUGGAGAAGAGAAGUCAGCAGGGGGAGUCCCCGCCCCGGCUCGGCUCCUCCGGUCCCGUCCCAGUAAAAGAGGAAGCGCGCCUCGCGUCCUGUACCUCCGGUCAGUCGGGAGACGCGGUGCAGGUCAAACAGGAGGAGGCCGCGGAUCGGAGGCUCCUUUCUCCUCUGAGCCAAUGCAUCAUCAGCCGACAGACCGCCAAGCGGCCUAAAAGCGGGGCUCAGCUCCUCCUGCCUCCAUCCACGACGUGGAGGAUGGAAACCGCCGGCCCAGCGAGCGGACCGGAAAACCUUAAAGGACCCUACAAGAAGAAAGACCCUCCCCCCUAUGAGGAUGCAGUGAAACAGACGCACAGCAUGUUAACAGCUGGUCAGGCCGACGCUGCCGCUAGCCAGCACAUGGACGACCUCUUUGACGUGUUGAUUGAAAGCGGAGAGAUCUCCCCGUUCAUGAGACAGGAUCCCUCCGCUCUGGACAAGCCUCUCCCCGUGACGGCCAGCGUCACCACCCUUCCGAUCAACACGGUUCUGUGUCGGCCUCCUCCCACGGUGCAGGUGGCCCAGCUCUGCGUGGCACCUAUCAGUCCCUCACGCCCGCCGGCGCCGGCCUCCUCUGGGGCCCGGCCCGCUGACGCUGAGGCUCACUCGCCCUUGGUCGCGAUGGAGGUGGACUUCAUGGAGCAGGCGCCGUCUCCGGCCCUGAGCCAGCCGGGCGCCAGCAUGGACAACAUGGACUGGCUGGAGCUCACGCUGUCCGUUCCAGGGGCGGAGGUCAACCCUCUGGACAUGUCAGCGCCGGUGGGCGUCUUCGCCUCCGACUUCCUGGACUCUCACGAGCUGCACUUGAGCUGGGACUGAGCGCGGUCGGACAUUUGUGACGAACGCGUUUUUGACGUAAGGGAGGAUUUUGCUUCACUGAUUUCUUUUGAGGAUUUUAAGACCAGCACUGACAGUUCUGUCACCUUCUCAGCUCACAGUCAAAGUUUUUGCUGCUCUUCCGUUAUGAAGCCUGUCUCAUGUCUGUCUGAUCUCUGAGUGUGCAUAGCGUUUUAGAU